AUACUUUAACAAACAUUGAAAUUAUGACUGUGGAUGUAACUGACCCUUGGUACCUGCGACUCAGUGAAGAAUUCGACGCGUUCUGUAAAAAAGUCGAUGAUAAAAUAGACAAACAGCAGCAACAGUUAAAGGCUUGCAAGAAAAGAAAUGAACUAGAAAACAAACUCGCACAGGAAUUAAAGAUUAAAGAUGAACUAACACAGCAGCUGUCGGAGCUAUCUCGUCGGGAUAGCGAGUUGGACAGGGUGUGUGCUGCCUUUGAGGCUAGACUCACGAUCGCAGACAGUGAUCAAAAUAGGCUAGACAAUGCUAAAGAGAGCUAUCAACUGGCGAAAGAAUUGACAGGAAUCAGGCUCGACUUCAGCGCACCACCUAACAUCGCUAAAGGAUAUGUGAAGAACGAAGCCCGAAAACUUCUAUUACCGUUUGAAAUGCAAGUAAACAGCGACGCCCUCUGGGAGCUCGUGAAGACAGCGUCCGAUCCCUCGUGGCCGGACAAGGAGAACCACGCGCCUAAUUAAAUAUGUAUUUAAUUAUCUUAUUAUUGAAGUAAAACUUGUUUACGCACGCUGGACUGGGGGAGUACGCUGGUGUAUGGGUGACGAGAGCGUUACGAAAAGUGUGAUCGGGCGAAGCGAACGGAGCAAGAGAGGUGCGAGCACAC